AUGGCUUACACAGAAAAGGUGUCAUUAAAUGGCACCGCGCUUUCUUUCUUACUUUAUGAAUGUUUAAAUUCAUCAUGUAGUCAGGAAGGUUUCUUGUUUGGCGAUGUCACUUCAGAGAUUAGAAACCAUAUAUCUGAUUCACACAAUGACAGCGCUCGUUUAGACACCCAAAUUGCCAUCAGAACAGUUUUGCCUUUGCCAUCGGUUUCAUUGUUUUACCUUCCUUCUGGGAGUAUUAAGGAGGAUGUGAUUAAAGAUUUAUUGUCAAAUGCCGCCAAUGAAGUAGUCGGAUGGUACAAAUAUCGUAGAAACAGUAGUAUAAAACCAACAUUUAGAGACAAACUAAUCUCGAAAGGCCUUCAGAAGUACUUUGAAAAGCAUCAUGGCAAGAAAACAUUUGUAACAUGUAACCUAUCUUCAAAGACAACAUUGGGGGGAUCAACACAUACAUUAGUUUAUAGAUUUGGAAAAAUAAAUUGUUUUGACAUGUAUGAGUAUAUAGAAGAUGUCACAGCUAACUUAGGUGAAAAGGUAACGGGGUAUAAAAAAGCAAGCAGGUUAUCACCACACUGUAUAUUUAACAAAAUAGUUAAGGAAAGCAAUGUCCAAACUAAUAAUACAAAUGAUGCAAUAUUGAUGAUACAAGAGGCUGUAGAUGUAAGGCUUGUAGCAGAAGCAAGAAUUGCUGCUAAAAAUGAAGCAACAAUUAGAGAAUUGGAAGCAGAGAUUAAACAAAUGCAUUCAAUUUUGGCAGAGAAACAAGCAUCAGAUUUAGAAACUGCUUACAAUAAAAUCUUGGAAGAGAAGUAUGUGGAUAAAGAAGUUGAAAUGGUUGAUGCUUGUUUAGAGGCUCUCAAUACACCUCCAACUAUUGACCUACUUAGUACGCCAAAUGUAAUUAAUAGCAAUAGUGAAAUUUUGACAGAUAGUGAAAGUUCUCUGCAACUUAUUGAAAAUAAUACAAAAGAGAGGUCUCCUAGUCCCUCUUUGCCAUCAAGUUCUAAGCCACCUGCAUUAAACUAUGCAGCGGUGCUUAAAAGAAAAUCUGAAACCAGCACUAGUAACAAUAUAAUAAAUAAUUCAAGUGAAGACUUAAUUACAUUUGACGUUGAAGAGACACCUGCUCAGAAACCAAUUAUUAUUAUCAAUGACAAUGCAACAUGUUUUGGUGAAAGUUCUCCAGAAUACUAA